CAGCUUUUCUCUCGACCUUGAUAUUGCCUCAAAGCCGUACCCUCUGGCGCGCCAUUUCCAAGGCUGCCAUGGGUGAUACAUCCUCCAUGGAUGGCGAAUCCUCCUCAUUAGUAACCUCCAUAACCUCAAUUCUCGGUAUCAAAAGCCAGACAUUGAGAUUCCGUCCUCACAAGUCAACCCAAAAGCCCCACGUUAUUCUGCGACGCGUCCAAGUAUCUCGAGAUUCAGAUAGUGGUGCUUCUUUGGGGUGCUCGGUGUACUUCAGUUUGUUUGCACAAAAACGAAUCGAAGUGAAGCCCGGUAAAGAAAUCCUUCUCGCCAUUGCCUCUUCAGAUGAGCGCUUUAAAGAUCAGGCCAUGGUCCUCGAAGGGGAUACCGAAGAGUCUGAGUCUGAACAUGAAGAGGACCCUGGUGUGUGUCCUAGAUGUCAUGGGCGAAAAGAAAGAGAGGAAUCAGCUCCGCCACUCCAAGUCUCCAUGCCUCCGAAAAUGCGUCGAGCGUGGAAUAGAAAUUUAGAGGACACUUCUCCAGCACCAGACACCGGUAGCGCCACACGUGUGUCUGUUGGUGUGCAGGCUGCGCCUUCCUUUUCCACGGUGUCAGUUCAAUCGCAGCCCAGAACUUCAUGCGCAUCUGUGCAAGCACAAUGUUCUACAACAUUUGCUUACGUUCAAACUUCCCUACCAUCCUUACCUAUGCACGUUUCUAGCCAAACACAGACCUUAGACGCGCAUGUGGCUACCGAGGUGCAGAAGAAAAUCCAGUUAUCGCUGAACACUGAUUCAGUGUCAGAGGAUGCUCGUGAACGGUCUUUAUCUCCAAUGGAGCUGGAUUCUCAAUGCAGCAGUGCUCCAGAUUCACCGGUAUUUUCGCCUACGGGAGUACCUGCAAUGAUUGCCGUUCUAGACAGCACUACCAAUACCCCGACCUCCAUCUCCUCUAGUCUUGAUGCCGUCGAUAUGCAAAUUUCGCCAAUCGAAUCAUCUGCGAGUCCUUUGACACCGCUGCCACAGUAUAUGAGGUUACCAAGUCCUAUCAAGCAGGAGGACUCUGACUCUAUCGAUCUCGUCAAGACCGACUCACUCCUGGGUUUCCGGUUGUCGGAUGAUCCCAUCUGCAACGCCGAAAAAUCUGGCAAGUCCGAUAAUGCCUCUGUUGAUCUCUCCGAAGUUCCGCGAACAUCAUCUGGUGUUGCCAUAGAUGGCUCAAGGCCUCAAAAAUCUUCUGUUGGUGUCGAAGAAUCAAAACCUUUGAAGCGUGUCAUUCCAAAUCCUUUUGUAUCGGCGGGGUUUGUGUCCGAUUUUAUUGGCAGUGAAAGGAAGAGAACCCCAGUAAACGUUCACGUCUCUUCUACAGAGCCAUCGACAAGCCAAGAGGGUGUCACUGAACGCCAAGCCUCGACUCCGCGUGAUGCUGCCACAGGCGUGAUAGCUGGCGCAACCAAAGAGAAAGGAUCACAAGUGCUGAACGACGCCUCACUGUGUAAAUCUCGCCUACCAUCCAAACCGAUUCCAACAGAACCCCGAGCAGCUAGGAGAAAACCGCCCACUGUACCAAGGUCCAUGCUCGCUUUGAGCACCACCAAUCCCCCAUCCGAGAAUACUUCCACGGCAACGGGCUCUCCCCCGCCAGACGCAAAAUCCCUAGCCUACCUAGCGCCUGGAAGCGCUUCCAACCCAUUGGGAAUACGGCCCUGUAGCGGUCUGCCGACACCCCGUCAAACGCCUGUUUCUUCUAAUCCGACGAAGAAACGCGUCGUUUUGGGAUCUGAUUGGCCGUUGACUAAAGCUAUGUCGGUUAACGUUGGUAGUGCUUCGAAAUCGUCUUUGCCGCCUAGUAAUGGGUCAAGGCUGUUGGAUAUCGAAGGUUAUGCUUCCCCGUCUCCUCCUUCGUCUCCGCCUCCACCGCCACCGCCACCGCCAGGAAAUCCUCCACCCGAACUGUCGACACCAUGCAGUCAAAUGAAAGAUGGGGAUGCGCAGCAAGCACACUCUAUGGGCAGCAAGUGGAAACGUAUCUGUGUUCAAUCACCUGCUCAACCUGAAAGGCUGGCGAUCUCCAAAGCCCCACCAGCAGCGGAAGAAGAGAGAACCCCAGCGUUGAAAGCAACUGCUGAGAAUAAAGCGGAUGGGAAAAAGCUGCUUUCACGAAUAUCACCUUCUGUGGAAAGGACUGCCAGAAAGUCGAGCACGCCCGUUGAGAUACCCACCAAGACUACUCGUCUGAUUGAUGAGCCACCUUCUAUCACACCAGUAAAGAGGAAGGCGGCUGAGGGUUUGGACCAUUUCGAUAAGUACUAUAUUUUCCAGCUAAUGCCUAGCAACGAUAGAUGCUUCACCUACUACGCCCACGAAAAGAAAUCCUUCUCGCACCACGCCUAUCCCGGUUCAACUGCCCGUCCACCACCCCCUCCCGCCAAAGCCCGUGCAAUCCCAAGGCUGCACGUCUUUUCGAGGCGUUAAGCGUGAACGAGGUCCAUCGCCCGAUCUCUACGAUUGUGAACGCUCCAAAAAGCCACGUCCAAAGUUUAAGUGGCCUACUAUUAAAUGCUUGCAUUCCGUGGCGCUCAAGGGCAAAAGCGACGUCGCUGUAAAGACGAUAACGAUAUCUUCGGACGGCAUGUAUGCUGCAGUGACAUGUAAUCGAACCACACGGAUAUGGAAUGCCCAGAUGCGAGCUGAACUCGCGCAGUUGUCUCAUGGAGCUUCAGUCGUCUCGGUUGUUUGGAUGGA